AUGCGCUCACCUAUCCAUCAACCAAGACAGAAGGGAAUGACCAACCAAGCGAGCAGAGCCCAACUACCAAUCCUAUGUUCUCCCAAUCUUGGAACUGGCGGCAAUCUAACGAAUUCGGGAAAGCAAGAUGAUCGACACUGGAAAAGACGUCUUGGCGAGAGGUGCUUUAGCAACUCGACUGCAAGGAGAGGUGCUUUAGCAACUCGACUGAAAGGAGAGGUGCUUUAG